AUGGCAAUAGUGCUGUCAUGUUUCAAAAGAUGCUUCGACGGCAUCAAGUACACAGAACAUACGUCCUUUCCAUUAAUCAACCCUAUAUGUUUGGAUACCAGCCGAAUGGGUAAUGAAGUAGUGAUUGUGAAAAAUGGCACCAGGAUAUGUGGUAGUGGUGGCGUCUUGUGUACUGCUCCAAUAGUGCAAAAUAAAUGUUACUUUGAAGUAAAAGUACAACAAUCUGGAAUCUGGGGAGUAGGUGUAGCUCUGAAUGAUGUAGAUCUGUGUAAAGCACCUGGUGGUCACGAUCAAUAUUCAUGGGUAUUGUGCAAUGAUGGGGCACAAAGACAUAACCAGCAAGUGUUAAAAGCUAUAGAUAAUACCAUUGAAGAAGGUGAUAUUAUUGGUAUUUACUAUGACCAUGUUGAAUUAAACUAUUCAAUUAAUGGCCAACCAGUGAAUGAACCAAUUACAGGAAUAAGAGGAACCGUAUUCCCAGCUCUAUUUGUGGACGAUGGUGCAAUAUUAGACAUUGUGUUGGAAAGAUUUUCAUAUCCACCUUCUAAUGGUUAUGAUAAAAUCAUGUUAGAGCAAUCUAUACUUUAA